CGGCGGUGCGGCAGACCGCGGACGGCGCGGGCGCGCGAUCCGCAAUGUGCGCCGCUCUCGUUCCAACCGACUCUCGCACAUCCGCACUUCCAGAAAUCGCACGCACAAUUUCAAAAUCGCGAACCAAACUCUACUAAUCCGACGCGAGUGUUGUGGUCUAUCUUGGUGAAAAUGUGUUCUGAACGUUCAGGAAUUUGCAGUGUAUUAAAGUCGUAGUAUAAAUCAACAAAGAACCCUAGCGUUUAAACAGAGCAUUUUACAGCAUGCAAGUUAAAAUCAUUCACUAUAAAGAUCACAAACUAGUUUUGAUUUGUGAUCAAUCAAAUUGAAACUAUAGUUUGAAAGUGAAGUGAGAAGACAUCGUUAUGAAGUCCCUGUUGUGAUAGUUCAGUGCAGUGUGUGUGCAAUAAAUCAAAAUGAUGCAAGGAUUGCUGGAUUCUCUGUACAGGAUCUACUCAGAUUGGCGCGCACCGAUGGCAGACGAGACGGAAGCGCGGGCGCGGCGAGCACCCGCUCCCCCGCCCCGUCACCCCGCGCGCCCCCCGGAGCCGCGCCCCCGCACGGUCGUGGCCCCGGAGCAUCAACCGCCGCGGUUGAUCCGUCCCUCGGAACACCUCGCGAUAGUUGAGCGCUCUAUGGAGCGACGCCCACCUCCGCUCGUCCCGUCUGUCACGGUGCUUCACGGACCUCGGCCGAGCUUGCCGCCACCUGUCCCGGGACACAGGCCAGUGGCGCCCCCGCCGUUGAGGAUGCCGGCGCCGGUCACCCAGGUCAUGAGGCCGCCGCAACAGAGGAGAGAAAUUCAGCCCCCACCCGCUAUCCACGGCCCCCUCGCACUGCCCCCACCAACCGCCUCGUGCGCCCCCGCAUCGCUGUGUGCCGCCCCGCGCACAAUCACCAUCCACAAGGUCGACGCGAGGCAAAACUUCGGCUUCUCACUCAGGCAUCUGGUGGUCUACCCUCCUGAGUCAUUGACGGACCUAUACGAUGAUGCGCGCCUACUGGCGGUGGGCGCGGUGGUCGCGCCAAUGGACACGAUCUUCGUGAAGGCGGUCCGGCCGGGCGGACCGGCGGCGGCGGCCGGGUUGCGGGCCGGUGAUCGGAUCCUGGCGGUCAACGGCGUGCCCGUGGCGUGUGGCAACACCCGAGCCUCGUAUCAGAGGGUGGUACAGAUAGUCCAGAGGGAGCCGAGGACGUUAAAGCUCACAGUUGUGCCGAGAGAUCACGAUUUGUUGCAAAGGUAUUUCAGCGAAGCGGCAUACAACCCGGAAUCGAACCAGCGCGCGAUCGAAAUGCCGGCGCCGAUCACAGAGCACGAGUCUCGGCUGUUCGACGCGUACCGGCGGCCCAGGCCUGCGCUGCCGGCCCCGCAGGCCGCGCGGCUCAGGGAGGACCCGGAGUACGCCUCUGUGGGGGCCCUAGCGCCACGGCUAGACGUGCCGAGACUUCAGCAGCAUUAUUUAUUGCAUGAUAGCAGGCGAGAGUCAGACACCUCACUGCCAUCAUCGGCAACAGAAAGCAAAGACAGCCUCGGAUCCUUCGACUCGAACUCCACCCUCACGGGUCGAGAACAAGACGACUCGAUCAUCCUCUCGCGAAUACGAAAAAGUCUUGAGCAAAAAGAGGCUUUCCUCCGACGUCCAAGUCAACCUACCGGCUGGGUGACGCCGGACGCUCCCCCGCCGAUAAAACAAAAGGAAUUCUAUGCUAGGCCUCAAAAACUACAGAAACCUGCAUGGCCACCCCCUGCUGCAUCACCUCCCCUCGCAGCUUCCCCACCCCCGCAAGAAAAAAGAGAAGAUUGCUCAGGUAGCGUCGACAGCGGAACGUACAGUGGUUACGGCGAAGUUAAUGGCGUGCAUGUUGAUAGAAGCAAGUUAAAACAGGAUAAGAAUCAGUUUGUGUCAACCCUAUCGAAAAUACAGGAGACUGCACCGAGCAUACAGAGCAAUAACGUUGGGACAGUUAGCAAUAAUGGAUCCAGCGAAUUGAAAGAUGAGACCGCGUCAAGUAAUCAGGAUAGCAGGUACCCAGUGGCGGAGCUGCAGCUGGUGACGGCGCGCACGCGGCAGCUGGAGGCGGCGCGCGGCGGCGGCGAGCGACGCGAGGUCGCGCGCAGUGAGCUGGCGCGGCUCUCCACCACGCGGCUCCAGCCCAGCGUCGCGCUGCGUCGCAAGGAGUUCGAGACCCGCGCCAGCAGGAGGGAGGCCCGUUCUUUGGAUGUACAGCCUCAGCAAGAGCUGGAGCACAUGGAAGCCCUGGGCGGCAGUCUGUCCGGGAACCAGCUGAUGAUCACCGGCAGCAAGCACCUCCAUUGUCCGCCUCCAGAUGGAUACGUGCCCGAAACAGAAAAGGUUCAAAUGCGAACAAGGUCAAACAGUACCGGUAGUGAAGGAUUACCCAUUAGAAGACAUCAUGCCACAGAUGGCAGUCACGCGAAGAAGCGAAUGGGCCUGAACAGAGAACAAAUGGAGGCGAUGAAUCGCGUCUCGCUGCCCGGGGCCAUGAACGGGGGCCCGCAGAGGCCCACGCAGCUGAGUCUGGCGCCGCCGUCGGAGUCCACCUCGCCCUCGGCCUCCGCGGCCACCUCGCCCUCGCCAACACCAAGCACGCCCGCUGACUCAGGAUUUGCCGAUGACCUAGUGACUAGAAGACAGAAGAAAGAUGCUCAACUUGGAGCAGAAGAAGAGCGUGCCAUGAGAAGAGUGUCAUAUCUCAAAGCCACGUGGGGAGACCGCAUGCACAUGGACAGUGACAUCGAGCCGGAUGGUGACCACAGCUUGAGAAGUGCACAUCGCAAGUGGCGCCCUCCCCGGUUCACCGACGACAUUACAGCGUUGGUGCGAAAAUUCGACCCGUACGCCGUCCUCCCGGCGCGUGCCGAGAAAAAAGGCGAGGGUACUUGCGAAGAAGUCGUGGAGCCAACUGAAGGAGACGUGCAAGGAAACGUGCAAAUAAAGGCUGUGGUUACAAAUGGAAAGCGUGCGAGCGAUAGGUCGUGGAAGCAAGUAUGGGCCGUGUUACAUGGAACUAAGCUGUACCAGUACAGACACCAUCCCAGUCAGAGCCCUGGCGCGGUGAGCGGGUCGACGGCGGAGGUCCAGAGCGGCUCCCGCGACGCCCUGGACGUGCGUCAUUCACUGGCCGUGGUGUUAGCUGACGACUACACCAAGAGGAAACAUGUAGUCAGGGUCACCACCGCCACAGAUGAGUUCUUAUUACAGGCGGAUGGAGCAGCCGACGCACAAAGAUGGCUGGCCGCGCUACGACGACACACAGCAGAGCCCCCGCCGGCCGACCCUGCGCCGACGCAGGUGUCCGCCCCCGCCCCCGCGCAGCCCGCAGCCCCCGCCGAGUGCCCCUCGCCGCUCCCGCCACAGCGUAGUAAGAAGAUCGGCAGGAAUAGGUCUCCUACUGGUCCCCCCACGCCAACCCUGCCAUCGUCUCCAAAGAACAAGACGUGGAAGGGUCGCAUGGCGAAGCAGCUGCGCCGCAUGCACCCAGGUGCAACCACGACCGCGCCGCCGGCCGCCUCGGGCUGGCUCGGGGCGCCGUUGGAGCGCUGCCCUGCCGACCCGGAGCACCCCUUCGUGCCGAAGGCUGUCACCCUGCCUGCUAACGCUGUGGAGUCUUACGGUCUCCGCACAGUGGGAGUAUACCGCGUGCCCGGCAACGCGGCGGGCGUGGCGGCCCUGGCUGGCGCCUUGGAUCGCGGGGAGCCCCCUCCAGCCGGAGACCCGCGCUGGGCCGAUGUCCACGUCGCCUCCAGUCUGCUGAAGGCUUAUCUGAGGCGGCUACCUGACCCUCUCCUCACGGCUGAGCUCUAUCCGGCGUUCAUAGCCGCGGACCGGUCCCCAGAAAGAGCGCGGGAGUUGCGUCGCCUCGUCCACGCAUUGCCCGAGGCACACUUCGAAACCCUCAAGUACCUGAUCCAGCACCUGCGCAAGGUGGUCGCGCACUCAUCUUACAACAAGAUGGAGGCGCGCAACUUGGCCAUAGUGUUCGGGCCGACGCUGGUACGAGCGGCCAGCGACGACAUGUUAGCUAUGGUCAAUGAUAUGUCCAGCCAGUGCCGCAUCAUCGAGUCCUUCCUUACUCAUUACAUUUGGUACUUCUCUGAGGAGGAGGGCUGUCCGCCAGCGGAGCCGCCGGCAGCCACAGAGGAGCUGUCUCCAGCGCCGGCGCCAUCCAGGGACCUGCUCAUACACAAUGUCAAGAAGAUUGAGAGCAAAGACGUGACGACGCGCGACAUAGUCUCCUCAAUAAUAUCAGCAGCCAACCGCAAGAUCCAGCGCAAGCCGCGCUCGAAGCCCGACAAGAAGUGGGAGGCCCGCAGCGAGGCCUCCCCGGGCGGGAGUCCUCCCCGCUCGCCCCUCACCUCCCCGCCCGCGCACGUCACCACCGCGCUGGCUGACUACGACGGCCUGCCGCAUACCAACCAACGGCACCAAGAUAUUGCCAAGCUUGAGAUGGGAGGCCGUGACCGACAAGAGCUUUUGCGCCACGCGUUCGAACAUUACAUUGAUGGAACCGGCGACUUGGUGUCGUCUCUGACGAAUACGUUCGACCAGAAGCUGCGCACGCUCAACAACUCGUCGCCGCUGGACGACGGCAGCAUCCCGUACGUGGACGAGUGCGCGGACUCGGAGGAGGCCAAGUCCAGCUCUCCCUCGGAGGGCAGCCUGCACAGCGUGUCGCCGGCCGCGCGCGCGCACGAGCUCAAGGCGGCCUGGCUGGCGCGCGACGUGCGCCACUCCUCCUCCAGCAGCAACGACGACGACCGCGCCUGGCCGCGCCGCGCCGACGCCCACGUCCGCGACGACACCGACGACUCCGAGAAAGAGAACUGCAUCAUUCCAAAAAAGACUAGUCACGACGAGACGCGCACCGACGACGAGAAGGAUGUCGACACGCGCUCCCAGAACUCGAGCGGCGACACGCUGCCCGACAACGACAAGACCAUCGAACGGGUCUUGUAUCCGACGUACAACGGCUUGCGGUCCGCCAACGCCGAGAGCGGCAAGCGGAACAGCGCGGCGCUCGAGAACGAAAACGGCGGCGGAGAGAAAAACGACGAAGUCGACUGUGCCAAGCUGAAGCGCUCCGAAUCUUUGAAUAGAGAAACGGAGAGGAGCGAAGCCAGGGUGCUGCGGUCCGAGAGCCUCAACUGCCGCGCGGAGCGGCUGCAGCGCUCGGAGUCGCUGAACAAGGGCGAGCGGCUCAGCAAGCUGGAGAAGGGGGAGUGGAACGUGGUGCGGAGGCGCGAGAGCGGCGCGUGGCGCUCCACCAAGCUGAAGCGCAAGAACGGCAUGCCGGAGCGCGGCAUCAAGCGGCGGCACACGGUGGGCGGCACCAAGGACUUCGACAAGGACGGCUGGAGCGCGCGGCACACGCGCACGUCCUCGCCCGACCUCACGGCCGCGUGGCCGGCUGCGCUCGUGCCGCCGCCGCGUCCGCCGCUCGAGUCGCACGUCUGACCCGCCGCCUCCACCAGCUCCACCAGCUCCAAGGCGGAACUUCAUUAACGCAUGUCGAUGUGCUGACUAUGACAGAAUCGGUAUGUGGUGGGUGCGAGAGAUGCGGCAUUUGGUUUUUUGAACUAUGUCUGGGAGUCCCGAAAUGAUUUGCCAGGUACAAAAUUCGAUAAUUCGUCAACGAAAUUAUAUAUAGGACCGUAGGUUCAUUAUUAUUAGUUUCCAUUAAAUAUGGAUAAUACGAUAAGUUUAUUAAUACUUCAUAUGGUUGUACCUGAAUACAUAUUGUUCUUUAGUCAUGAAAAAAAAAAACGAAAUGGCAGAUUAUUUCGCGGUAUUCCCAGAUAUAAUUUAGUAGAAAGCAAGCAGGAAGCAUUUAUGAUUUAACUAGCUAGGCCCCCAGACUCCGCACCGCACUCCUUUAGUUCUUACCUUUUCGGUGCCUAUUUACUCAGCUGGUGCUGUUUUGAUAAAGUAUUCUUUUGUGCUACGACGAAUCUUAUAUUUUGGAAAACUUAUUAUUUUUUAAUACUUAUCCGACAAUCUAAUACUAUAUUAUCUAUCUAAAAAUAAGUCUGAUUUACAUUACCCAGAUAAACAGAGUCAUUACUAACAGUUGGACACUUUCAUUUAGAGAGGCUAUUAUUAAUUUGAUUCAAUUUAAUGGACUGAGUAGAUUAGGUCAUAUAUAUUUAACUACUUAUAACAACAAUACUUUUAAAUACUCAAAGUCAUUAAGUCAGUAGAACAUGUCGGGGAUAUAAAAUUCCUUUCUAAUUUCGACACUAAUCGCCCCAUUUCGAGUUUAACAAUAUAGAAUUAUGGUAAUUAUAUUAUUAUAUAUAAAAAAAUGGAAAAAUCUUGAACAGUGCAAUACAUUUGUGAACGAAUAUUAGGAGAUGUUUGUGAAUGAAUUGUGGACAGACAUCGGGCUAGCCUUACGGACUUAGCUCACUAAACAAUGCCAAAGAAUGAUGAAACGUCAGAUCAGGAGAGAUGCAUGCGGGCGCGUGCGAGGGAUUGUACGGAGGUGACCGAAUGCAAGGAAUAUGAUGAUAUAACUCAACGAAAUCACCAUAUCAACACAACAGACAGGCACUUAUAAAUUUAUUAGCUAAAUGUACAUUUGUGAUUCGUUCCACAGUCUACUGCGCGUAGAAUGAUUCCCUAUGUAGGUGCUGAACUACUUUUGACGGAGUUUCAGUGGAACUUAUUGAAGUGCAAAAUUUAAUGCAUAAUAUAGUUAAUUAGUGCUAUUAGCAUGUAGAUAAAACCUACAGACAAUUAAAUUUUAUUAAGAUAUGCCUGUAGGCUUAUAUUUAAGUAAAAUAUACCCACAAUCGUGGAUUAAAAUGACCAGACUUUGAAAACACCACUUAUGUAUAAGUACGUGUAAUGUAGGGAUUAAAAUAUAAAUUGACAUUAAAGUUUCAUAAUAGAAUUAUUGAUGGAUAAAUAUGAACAUAUAAUGCAUACAUCACCUACUUGCCUUUGCAAUAGAUUUAGCUGAUUUGAGUACUAUGCACAAUUUCAACUAAUAGAUACGCUAUGUAUUAGAGUUACCUUAUAUUGUACCCGCUCCUUUUAAAUAUGUUUUACAAUUUUAGUAUGAAAUGAUUAUUUUAAUGAUGUGAGUAGCCAUGGUUUAAUAUUUGCUUGAGAUAGCUUGACUACCCGUUCGGAAGGACGACUGUAAAUACGCAAUAGUUGAGCUUAAUUAUAAUUACGGCAUAGUUGUAUAGAGUAUUGAUAAAUGAUUUCGAUAUGUUUAAUCUGUAGCGUCUAUACUGCAACUAACUGACGUUAACACUACAUUACAGUGAUAAUAAUAAAAGUGAUCCCCUAGCUUUGUAAAAACUGUACAUUUCUUUUAAGAUUAAUUUAUAUUAAAUUUGUUAUUGUAGCUUUGUUGAAUGCAAUUAUUUUUUGUUUUGUUUAUCAAAGAGAAGUAUUUUUAGGCUAAAUUCGAUUGUUAUUUAUUUGCGAAAGCUAUAAAAUGUGAUUUGGCACAAUUUCUUUAUUUUUUGAAAGUGUAAUAAUUAUUCUUGUAAAUAUUUCUUCAUCUAAAUAAUGUUUGAAUUUCGUUCUUUAACUUUUUUAAAAAUUUUAUACCAUCUUUACGUUAAGACGAUCUCAAGUUUGUUGAAUGUUUGCAAAGCGUUCCUUUAAAGAUUUAUUUGUAAAUAUAUCAUUUAGUGUAGGAAGUGAAUUUAAUGAUUUUACAAGAUGGUAUGUAACCGGUAGACAGUAGCGAGCGCGUUGGCACCUAUUUCAUAUAAAAGACAUGUCCGGGACUCGAUCGAGUGUCUGCUAGCAAGAGAUUGUAUUCAAUUUAUCUAUUCAUGUUCUUCGUGUAAUCAGCUAUCGAAUUGAAAUAACCACCUUAAAGACAUUUGAGAAUAUGGAUGUUGUAUUCAGGUUCUCGGUACUUGUCGUUGUGUAUAUUUUGGAGCAAUGAAAAUAAAAUAUUGAAUCAAUUUA